GAUUCCACGUGGUAUUUCCUAAUUGGCCUAAGCAUAUCUUCAAGAGAAGAUUGCAGUCUGCCUCGUGUCAGAAGAAGAUCAAACAAACUCCACUCAUUCUUACACAAAAGAAGAUUAGUGAACGAAGCUCAUGGCGUCUCUUGCAACCGUCGCCGCCGUGAAACCAUCUGCCGCCGUCAACGGCCUCGGCGGCAGCUCACUCGCCGGGGCCAAGCUCUCCUUCAAACCUUCCAGCCUAAGCAUCAAACCCAAAUCCGUCAGGUCUGAUGCCGUGGUGGCCAAGUAUGGAGACAAAAGUGUCUACUUUGACUUAGAAGAUUUGGGAAACACAACUGGUCAAUGGGAUCUAUACGGAUCUGAUGCUCCUUCUCCUUACAACCCUCUUCAGAGCAAGUUUUUUGAGACAUUCGCUGCACCAUUCACAAAGAGAGGAUUGCUCCUCAAGUUCUUGAUUCUUGGAGGAGGAUCUUUGCUUACUUAUGUCAGCGCUUCAUCCACCGGCGAUGUUCUUCCCAUCAAGAGAGGUCCUCAGGAGAAGCCUAAGCUCGGUCCUCGCGGCAAACUCUGAUUUAGAUUCAUGCAAUGUUUGUUACCUUCCCAUAAACAUUUCUCAAUGCUUUUUAACUCUUUAAAUUAUUGUAUGUAUAUUCUGUUUCUCUGUUACAUUUAAACCGUUUUUCUUUCCCUA